UGUAAGAAGACUGGUCGUGCUACACAGACAUGACGAACCACUGUUUGCUCACUCUGGUGUUCGUCGUCGCAGAGUGCUCCUCGAGUCCUGACUGCUUGAACGGGGGUACCUGUGUACGAGGUGCCUGUACGUGCCCAGGGGGAUACACCGGCGGGAAGUGUGGUACUGUAGCUCCACCAGGGGCCGUGUCUGGUGACGUGUGUUCAUCUGUGCAUCCUUGUGCCAACGGGGGCACCUGCAGCCCAUCAUCCUCUGGGGGAGAGGGGGCGUGCUCCUGUCCCACCGGGUAUGAAGGAAAGAGAUGCCAAGCAGCAUGCAGCACACACGAGGACUGUCAGAACGAGGGCACGUGUGAAGCCCGAGGCUGCAGGUGCCCGGCGGGAUACACAGGUGGAAAGUGUGAGACUACUUUGUCUGGAGCAGGUCACGUGAUCAUCUUUCCAGCGGCUGUGCUGAUGUCUGUUGUUGUGCAGCUUAUCCUGAGCACGUAGAGACCUACCAUUCAGCCUAACUUAAAACUCUUUGCUAUUAAUGUUCUCUCGUUUGCCCUGAAGGGUCACACGGGCUUCUAUACAAGUAGGUGUGAGUUGUCUGUUGUCAUUGCCCUCGUUAGUCGUUAAAAGGUUUUCCAUGUAUGACCUCUGCCCAGAGAUGUCAAGGUUUCAUCUCAUUUCGAAGUGUCGUUUUUGAGUUAAUGUUUUCUGGUAAGAAUUCUGAUAGUAUUUGAUGUCAUUAAUUUUCAGUGGGCUUCCAGUGUGUCGUUUGUGUUAAACCACUCAUGACCCAGUGUACUUGUCAUCUUUGAAA